GUGGCCUAAGGAUUUUUUUUUCGUAGAGGUGAAUUCAAAGUAGCUACUUCGCUAAGUACCUGCAAUACCUCAAAAUCCUCGCUUUGGUCUUUACAUUUCACAUCGGAAACGCUCCACGUUCGCUAUCAACUUCCACAUCAACACCAUUCGACCAACAUGGCGAACAACCCAGGUAAUACGGGCACCAACCCUCCAAGCAAUGGCAAUGGCGCAGCUCUUGAUGAUUCCAAUGGUAUCCAGCUAGAAAAUGAUAUUCUGUAUCUGGUCUUCGCGCAUUUGCCAAGAUCCACACAACAGAAGGUUGCUCUCGUCUGCAAGCGAUGGAAUGAUAUCUGUUCGCCGCAUAUCAACCGCGUUGUGGACAUCGCUCUUAGUGCGGGAUCGCGUCAGCGCAAUGCAGGUUUGCUCCUUCGACUUGGCACUGACUGUGCUCUGUCUUCUCAGGUCUGUGUGCUUAGGAUGGAAGAAUGGUUACCUCCAAGCAGUGUUGAGGUUUGGAAGAGAGGACAAUCAGUGGGGACGACUUGACAGACUUCUGGCAACUCUCCCUCGACUCUACCGAUCAUGAAGACCAGAGCCCUCGAGGACAAUUACAGCAAUUGAUCAAAUUGAUCCCUGGUUUGGCAUUG